AUGCGAUCCUUUGCUGCCCUUGCCGCUUUGUCCUUGGCACUCGUCGGUCACGUUGCUGGCCGUGACGCGGAGCCCGUCACCGACAACCCUGUGGGAGUCGUGUACAAGGCUACUCUCCCCAAAGAUCCCUUCUUCAAGGGCGCUGCCCUCGACGGAAACGUCAAAGGAUUCAUCACCGCUAUGGCCGCUGAGGAUGAAAACGGCGUCAGGUUCAAGGUCAAGUUCGAGAACCUUCCCAAGGAGGGUGGCCCAUUCCUAUACCACCUUCACGUCGAUCCUGCCCCUGAUGGCAACUGCACCAAGACCCUUGCUCAUCUGGACCCUUUUGAGCGCGGCGAGGAAACCCCUUGCGAUAAUUCCAUCCCCGCUUCGUGUCAGGUCGGAGAUCUCAGCGGGAAGUUUGGCAAAAUCGAGACGGAUCCGUUCGAGGUGGAGUACACCGAUUACUAUGCAUCCACCAAGGAGGGUAUUGGUGCCUUCUUUGGCAACCGAUCCUUUGUCCUGCACUACGCCAACAAAACCCGCCUUACAUGCGCAGACUUUGCCCGCCUGGAGGAUGCUGUACCACCUCCUUCCAACGUGACCUACACUCCGCCACCAAUGGCCUCCCCUACAUCCUCAAAAACCGGCGGGCUUGUGCCAUCUACGACUGGAGCUGCCGGGCAGCCAUCUUCGACAGGGACCCCCAUCCCAUCCACAGCUUCUUCAAAUAUGCUGUCGGCUUCCUUCCUGGUGGCGGGCAUCGCUCUGCUCUGGGCUGCGCUAUAA